GCAAAUACGCGGCGCAUUGUUCUUUCAAGUUUUUUGCCUUAGAAUUUCUACAUCAUGUUGUCUAAUGCAAAAUGGACGAGGUAUAACUAGUUUAGUUUGGGAAAGCUAAGUAUCAAAUUCAAUUUCCUUAAAUAUAUGAAAAACUCAUUGUAAAAGCUAGCAACCUUCUAAUAAGAUUCUCCACACUAGAAGAGCACAAAGUAUAGUUGUUUUUGUUUAGUAUCAUGGAAUUCAAUGAAGAAAAAGGGCAGUUAGAAGAUUACACUCAAGAUGGCACAGUAGAUUUACAAGGUAGACCUAUUCAAAGAUCAAAAACUGGAAGAUGGAAAGCUUGUUACUUCCUUGGUAUGAAUUGUUCGAGAGGAUGGCUUAUCACGGAAUAUCAACAAAUUUAGUAGUUUAUUUAACAAAUAAACUCCAUCAAGGUACUGUGGAAGCUUCAAACAAUAUUAGCAACUGGGGAGGUUCGGUGUGGAUCAUGCCGCUUGUAGGAGCUUACGUGGCUGAUGCUUAUCUUGGCCGAUAUUGGACAUUUGUAUUUGCAUCAUGUAUUUAUCUCUUGGGAAUGUGUUUGUUGACUCUCUCGGUUUCACUACCAUCACUUAGACCACCUGAAUGUGAUAAAGGCAUCGAAUAUAAAAAUUGUCCCAAGGCAUCAAUGUUGCAAAAGGGUAUUUUCUUUCUUGCCUUGUACAUCAUUGUCUUAGGUACAGGGGGAACCAAACCAAACAUUUCUACAAUGGGAGCAGACCAAUUUGAUGACUUCGAUCCCAAAGAGAAAUCUCAUAAACUUUCCUUCUUCAAUUGGUGGUAUUUUAGCAUUUUGAUAGGUGUCCUUUUUUCUACCACUCUAUUUGUUUACAUACAAGACAAUGUAGGUUGGACCCUUGGAUAUGGUCUUCCAACCAUUGGGCUCGCAUUUUCAAUUUUGGUGUUUCUAUUAGGAACACCAUUUUAUAGACACAAAUUGCCCCCAGGGAGCCCAAUAACCCGAAUGCUUCAAGUCUUUGUAGCUGCUUUGAGAAAAUGGAAGACACAUAUCCCAGAAGAUGCAAAUGAGCUACAUGAGUUAAGUAUGGAGGAGUAUGCAUGUAAUGGUAGAAUCAAAAUUGCUCAUACUUCUUUCUUCAGUUUCCUUGACAAAGCAGCUAUAAAGACCGGACAUAAUUCAUCUUGGAUGCUUUGUACAGUGACACAAAUUGAGGAAACUAAGCAAAUGUCAAAAUUGAUUCCUAUUUUGAUUUUUUCAAUUAUUCCAAGUAUCUUUGGAAUGCACAUUGGCACACUCUUCAUUAAACAAGGCAUGACAUUAGAUAAAAGAAUGGGACCUCAUUUUAAUUUUUCUCCAGCAAGUCUCUCAGCAGUUACAAUUGUCUUCAUGAUGAUAGGUAUUGCAGUCUACGAUUGUAUUUUUGUUCCUGUGAUUCGACGCUACACUAAAAAUCCUAGAGGAAUCACAAUACUACAAAGAAUAGAAAUUGGUCUUGUAUUGAACAUCAUUAUAUUGGUCAUUGCAAGCUUGGUUGAGAGAAUAAGACUCAAUGUUGCAAGAGAAAACAACCUCUUAGGCAUGCAUGAUACAAUCCCUCUUACUAUUUUCAUCCUUCUCCCUCAAUAUGCCUUGUCAGGAAUUUCAGACAACUUUAUUGAAAUUGCUAAGAUGGAAUUCUUCUACGAUCAAGCACCAGAAAACAUGAAGAGUCUAGGAACAGCAUUUUCUACAGCCACAUAUGGUUUAGGAGGUUUUCUUAGUACUUUUAUUCUAUCAGCUGUUGCUGAUAUCACUCAAAGACAUGGUCGUAGUGGUUGGAUUUUGGAUAACUUAAAUGUAUCUCAUUUAGAUUAUUAUUAUGCAUUUGUUGCUGCAUUAAACAUCGUCAACUUCCUUGGCUUUGUUGUUGUUGCCAAAUUCUUUGUAUAUAAUGAUGUAAAACAGAGCAAAACUAGCUUGGAGAUGCACACUACUUCAUCUAAGGACAAUGCGAGAUUAAGCCAAAGCACUUCACAACUAGAUGCCAAAUCCUAGAGAAAUAUGACGGUUAUUUGAUCAUAUAUUUUUAUUAAAAAAAUCAAUAUUUAGAGAAUAUCAAGUGGGGAAAAAAAAGUUCACAAGUGAAUGAUUAUUUAUAAAUGUAAAAUUUACUUUGAAUUUUGUCAUACUCACAAGUAAAUUAUGGAUAUAAUCAAUAUGAUUAUUAACAUUAUGUAAACCUUAAGACAUCACUCCUUCUGUUUGAUAUAAUCAAAAAAUAAAGAGCUUCACGUUGUCUUGUUGGAA